AAAACUUAAUUAUUAAAAAUAAGUAAAUUCUGAGAAAAACACUCAUUCACUCACUCAUCCACUGCCAUCGAGAAAGGGUGAAAUGAUAUAGAAAGCACAAGGAAAGAAAAUUUUACCAAAAUACUCUAAGAAACUUGUCAUUUAUUAAUAAAAUGUCUUAACGACAAACAUACAUAAAUGUCAGUUUGUCAGUCAAUCAGUCAGUCAAGAACAACAGCAAUCCAUGUAUGACAGACAAGCAGAGAGCAGUCAUAUAACCCAACAACAAUCUCGUUUUGCCUUUCGUUCUCUUUCUCGCAAUUCUUCAGCUUUUCACUUGGCAAACAUUUCACAUAAUAAUGAAAAUAUUGCAAUGCCAGCAGUGUCAAGUCCGUAUUUGUGUUUGCCUGUGCGUGUAUGCUUGCAUGCGUGCGUAUGUUCACGCUUCUGCAUUUGACCAUUGUGACAUUUGAUUUAUUUGACAAGUGUACGAGCAUAUGACAGUGCGGGUGUGGAUGUUUAUCUACAUACGUAUGUAUGUAACGGGAAGAGAAUGUUUUUGAUUGAAAGCCCUCUAAUAAAUAUUGAGCCCGAAGCAAAUCGAUAUUUACAGUAUGAAAAGCUGCCAGCGUUUUGCUGUUAACAAUCAAACAAUGAGGACCAAAGUGUAAAGAACUUCAACAGCGGAAAAGAAAAAAAACUUGAAAACAAAUUCAUCAAAAAAAAAAAACGCUUUAACAAUUUUCAAAUAAUAAGAUUGUGGAGAAAGAAAAAACAAAAAAACAAAACAAAAACAGUUCCCAACCAAACACUUUUGCUUUCCUUUAACAAGUGUCUCUGAAACUAAGCGCUUGUUGAUUAUAUAGCCAUUCGAUGUUAUGUUUACAAUUGUUCGUGACGAUGUUUGUACGUUCUGUUUGCGUUUGUGUGUGUGCCUAUGCGUAUGUAUGUACAUUAAAUUUCCGCGUGUGCGUUCGUUUGCUCGUUUGUUAACCCCUUUUCGCAAGAUACAAAAGUCACAUUGAUAGACGUGUGUAUGCAUAUGUGCUUGUUUAUGUUAGGGAGCUCUUAGUUGAGCGCUACACAUACAUUAUCAUCGCCUAUUAUUAAAGCACUUCCAUGUGUGUAGUUAUUUUAUGUGCUCAUGAGUGUAUAAAUAAAUGUAAAUCAUGAUGCUGCACGAGGCUGUUAUGCUGGAAAUCUAUCGCCAGGCAUUGAGUGCAAGUGAACUUGCUAGUCCUCGUUGCCAGUCACGUGAAUCUAAUAAUUCCGUUUCAAAUGCACCUGAAGGUCGAUGCCCAUCCAAUGAAUCGCAUUGCUCAGGCAAUGAAAGUAGUAGUACGUCGGCGCAAACACCAACACCAAAUACACCACCAGUGGGUCUUCCGUUGCCAGCAACAUUGGCACCCGCAGCUGCUGCCGCACUACUGCCACCACAAUCAGCUGCAAUGGCUGCUUAUCUAAAUGCAGCUGCUGCGGCCGCACAGCAGAAUCAUUUGUUGCUUACCAACCCAUUAGCAGCUGCUGCCACAUUAGUGCAGCAAGCUACACAAGCUUCACAAGCACAUUCACCAAGCUCACGACAAACUACAUCGCCGCCAUCAUCUGGUGAUUUAGCGGAUGCCUCAGCUUUAGAUUUUAGCACAAAAAGAUCACGACGACAUUCCGAUGGCGCAAAUGGUAGCGAUGACGACGGUAACGAAGAAAGAAACGAUAAUGAACGCGAUAACGACACCAACGAUGUCGAUGCAGAUGACGCGAAUAGUCCAUUAGAUUUAUCAUUAAAUGCAAGACGUAAACGUCAAUCUGAUGAAGACGAGUCACCGAUCAUGCCAACAAAUAAAAUACAAAGAUCAAGCGAUUAUAAAACGUUACCCUCCUCUAGUACAUGGGUGCCACCAAUUAAUCCCUACUUGGCAGCUGUUGCAGCAGCUAGCAUGUCACCGAAAGCGCCGCUUACAUUAGAUUGGAAUAACAAACCGAAAAUAUCGCCAAAUGAAGCAACCAAAGCUUUAGAGAAAAUGACUGAAAUGACAAGAAUUGGUGCAGCAUCGAAUGAAAAUGAAAUGCAAUCACGACAUUCAACUGCUGGUUCGUCCAUAGCCACGAGCACAACAACAGCAAAUACAUCUACAACAACAAAUGGACGUCAUAGUGCUUGGCAAUCUCAUUGGUUAAAUAAGGGGGCAGACGCUGUGAGAGAUGUUUUCAAAUGUGUUUGGUGCAAACAAAGUUUUGCCACAUUAGCUUCGCUAACCACGCACAUGAAGGAAACGCAACAUUGCGGUGUUAAUAUCCCUCCUAACGUCGCGACAAAUAAUAGCAACAGCACCAGCAGCGGCAGCGCCAGCAAUUGUCCAACAAGCAGUGGUAGUGUUAACAAUCAGGCCGUCUCACAACCUUCCUCCCAUCAUUCGCGACUCUCAAUCUCGCAAGGUAACGCGCUAAAUGGAAACAGCAAUGCAAUGACAUCAGGCAACAAAUCUGAUCUAAACAUGCUAAUCAAAGAGACUAUGCCGUUGCCACGCAAGCUGGUGCGUGGACAAGAUGUAUGGCUAGGCAAGGGAGCGGAACAGACUCGUCAAAUAUUGAAGUGUAUGUGGUGCGGGCAAAGCUUUCGUUCAUUGGCUGAGAUGACAAGUCACAUGCAAGAAACUCAACAUUACACGAACAUAAUAUCACAAGAACAAAUCAUUUCAUGGAAGUCUUCCGAUGAAAAGGGUUCCAGAGAUAAUAACUCCGGUAGCAGAGGACAUUCGAACGCUUCACCUAGUGUAGCAGCAGCAGCCACUGCUGCUUCAAAUUCUACAGUAAGCGCAGUAUUAACCUGCAAGGUAUGUGAUCAAGCUUUUCCAACACUUAAAGAACUGAGCAAUCAUAUGGUAAAGAAUAAUCAUUACAAAGAGCAUAUGAUUCGUACAACGGCAGCGGCUAAUGAACCCAUGCCUACUAUGGUACGUGGACGUGGCAGGCAAACCAAAGAGAAACGCAAAAAGUCAUUGCCUGUACGUAAACUCUUGGAAAUGGAAAGAGCUCAACAAGAUUUUAAAUCGUCAAGUCUUGAUCAGGCCUUAAAACCUUUACGAGAUUUCGCUGCUUCCACGAAAAUUACUUGCGAAAAGUGCGGGGAAAAGAUUGAAACAGCGCUUUUCGUAGAUCAUAUUAGGCAAUGCAUUGGAGGCAGUGUAGUCAUGUCACCUCGAAAUAAUCAUCAUAACAACCAUAACAAUAAAACAAAUCAUAAUUUAAAAACUUCGUAUGGUAGCGGGAGACCGGAAAACUUAACUAGUCCACAAACCGUAAGCGGUCGAAAAACAUCAGAUGGUCGUAUUUCUCCUUUGGCCACAACGCGGUCAGAGAUCUUAUGCCCUCUGCCACCGGAUAAUGAGAAGCACACAGAAGGCUCGUCUGUUCUUAAUGCAUUAGAACAAUUGAUUGAGAAGAGUUUCGACACAAGGCCACGACAUAGCGGUGCAUGUGCCGAGUCCUCGUCCUCAAAUACUACUUCAUUGGGUUCAAGUAUUUUGAAACGCUUAGGUAUCGAUGAUAAUGUAGAUUACACCAAACCCCUUAUAGAUCCUCAAACAAUACAAUUCCUACGAUCUUACUCUAGUUACCCAGUAUUAAGAGAUCGUAGUGCAAGCGAAUCGAGCUCCAUAUCAGAACGUUGCAGUAGUCGUCUGGAAUCGUUUACCCCGGAACGCAAUAGUGAACUAUCACGACAACCGACGCCACGAUUAACACCCGAUAAAAAUGCGACGCAUGUCAAAGAUAAUAGAACGGAAUCAUUGGACAACGUACAAAUAAAAUCCGAGCCAGUUGAGACCAAUGACCUAGAGUCGGGACAACCUGACGAGAUACCCGUUAACGAAAUACCAAAAAAGAUAUCCGUGAAAAAAGAAUUCACCAUGAUUGAGAAUAACUUGGAGAAAUUCAACGAGGCCGACUUAAGACGAUACACACUUACGCCAGGAUCGCGAGCUAUGAGUCCAAGCGUUAGUGAGAGAUCUGUAACACCAAAGUCCACAUCUUCAGUAAAUGAAAAGAAACCUUCCUUGCUUCCACCUCAUGAAAGCAGCAGCAGCUUAAUUGCGUUGUCUUCAAUGUUCAAUAGUCUCAACAACACGAACUCCAAUGUGAAUUGCACUGCAUUGGAAAGUAAUAUGAACAGCCACCACAAUAAUAAUAAUGGCCACAGGAAUAAUAGUAGUAGUGGUAAGAAAGUGAACGCUAAUCCUUUAGCUGCUUUGCAAAAGUUAUGCGAAACCGCAGACCCGCCUGCAGCUAACACGCGUAGCACAUCAAAUCAUUUACUAACUAAUUCAACUGUUCCAUUACCUUGCGUACAACCUAGUGGCGCUGGUAGUGGUGGCGGUGGCGGAAGUAGCGGAGGUAGUACUGGCAUGUUAGCAUUUAGUUGGGCUUGCAAUGAUGCCAUUGUGACAGCUGAUGCGAUUAUUAAAUGUUCCUUCUGUGAUACACCGUUCAGCUCGAAGGGAGCUUACCGCCAUCAUCUUUCCAAAGUACAUUUUGUCAAAGAAGAUAUGGAUAUAAGCGGUGGCGGAGUGGGUGCGGGAGUGGGAAUGGGAGGAGGAGGACUAAAAUCACCUGGCACUUUGACGGCCGCUUCCCCAAAAUCAAUGACCUCGCCGAAAAGUGUAGCAUCCUCAUCCGCAAAAAGUCCAGCAACUCAACGUUUGGAGGCAACACCGCCAUCCAGUUCAACGUCAACGCCAACUAUAAAUCCAUAUGACGAGAGUCCACAAUCCAAGUUUCUGAAAUACACCGAAUUGGCGAAACAACUCUCGAGUAAAAAUGCUUGAAAGUAUUAAAGAACGCGACAGGAAGCUUAGAGGUAAUUGUCGGAAUGUUAUGGUCUUAUUUUUUUAGUAAGUUUUGUUUGUCAGAUGCCUUAUCCAAAGUUUUCAAAAAGUACAUAACCAGGGCUGAAGAAGAAGCUUAAAGAAAAAGCUUUAAUUUGAAGCAAAUGAAAAUUCAUUAAGAAAUAUUAUUCUGGCCUUUGCCACCUUUCCAAGAGACGAACUAAAUUCUUGAAAUUGAACGAACUGAGACAACAGACUGCUUCCUAUUACAUGUAAGUUUAGAUCAACCCCUUAGCUUGGGCUUAAAAGUGGAUCCUCCAAAAAGAAAGCGGAAUGCGUUAAAGCGUUUUUACUAAAUAUUUCUCUGUAAUUGCAAAGUGAACGGAAUAUUUAUUGAAUUCGCAAAAAUUCGUUUACGAAAUUACCCAAAACUCUGAUUAUUAAGACGGCUUACGCAACCAUCUUCACCAGCUGUAAACCGUUAACUGACUGCCAUAGGUAAAUGGUAUUAGGUGCUCUAUCACAAAAAAUGACAGGCCUGUAUAGACGGCACCCUACCGAACCUAUGGAAAAAUUGCCCCCUCUUGAGCGUAAGAGUUGCGCCCGCCUUUAGUUUUAUGUCUAUUUGAAACUUCACUUUUAACUUCGCGAAAAAAAUUGCGCAAAGCGAUGAGAGUAAAGGUAAUGAUCGCCCGUGUUUAAAUUUUCUUACAUUAAGACGUUCACGUUUGUCAUACACAUCGCACUUUCCAAAAAUUUUUAGCUCAUAGAAAUAUGCACCAAAAUUUGUAUGCAGUAUACAUAUUCUUGAUCAGCGUAUAUAAUAAAGUCAUUCGAUAAAACGUGUAUGCCCCCUCCCCUGUAGAGUCCUUUUUUUUGCAGUAAUGUAAAAUAUUUUGAAACCACAGGCAGAUUCUCUUACGCGGCGAAUACCAGCCGACACACAUACAAACACAAACGUACAAUGCGGAAUUCCGAAUAUCUUCAAAUGAAAUACAAGGGUUUAGUAAGCAGGCUUCUCGUGUAUUCAUCCUGAAUAGAAACAAAUGAUUUAUUUAUGGUCAGUAUUAUGUCUUAGCUACUUCAGCUGCUUUCAUAUUUACUUUAUUCCAACUGUAAACACAGCAAGGAUUUUCCAGAAGAAUAAUAUAGUGGGUUAGUUAUAUAUCAAAAAAAAAAGAAGGAAAAUUUAAUCACAAUUUUAGCCGUCGGUAAAAAAUCUUUUUUUGCAUCGAA